AUGACAGAAGCUCCGUUUCCGCGCGACGAUGAUUUGGAAGCAGCGGCAGCGGUGAAAAAGCGAGCUUGUCACGACAAAUGGUAUAUCUUGUACUUCCUGCUCGUUCUAACAGGCAUGGUUGGUAUGGCAUACUGGGCCCUCGCCAUGGAAGGGGCAGACAUUGCCCGGCUACUCCACCCUGCAGACUUUUCCGGCCGGACUUGCGGGAAAGGAGCAGGUGUGGAAGAUAAGCCCUUCCUCUACGUGUGCGGCCUAGCCAGUGAAGGCUACCAGGAUGGCUUUCCAAAGAAGCUGGAUUUUUGGUCAAAGACCUGCAUCAGCGAAUGCCCUUCGAACAAUCGCAGCGACGUAGAAUGCAUUGGUCGGCCUUAUGUCCUUCCUCGCGCGAAAGAUUGCACGACGGACGAUUGCAUCGACCAGGCGAACCAAGUCCAGGUGAGACGAAGUGUGACCUGGGAAGUGGCACAGGCCAUCACUUAUCAGAAGACCUAUGCCACGGAGCCAUUCCGUGGGACCAUCUGUGCACCCUCGUGGGCUGCCCCCAAUGACCUUCGAUGGCAGGUCAUCAACGGCCCUCGCUCGCCAAUCAGCUCGAUUGGUGAAGCCGUCGGGAGCUUGGAGACGGCGUGGCCCAUCCUUCUGGCAGUCUUCGUCAUUGCCACCGUCUUGUCUAUGGUGUUCCUGCGGCUUAUGUCCUUCUACGCCGGACUGGUGCUUUUCGUCUCUUUGGGCUUGGGGGCGCUGCUGACGUUCCUUGCGGGCCUUUGGUUCUCGAUCGGCGUCUUCUUCGAUCCCUUCGAUCAGGAGGGAUGGUACCAGCUAUGGAACCCCAUCAUCAGGAGCGUCUACGGCGAGUGGGCGCGGGUGCUGACACUCUUCGCCGGGCUUUUGCUAGUUGCCAUUGGCCUCCUGCUGUUUCGAGCAUGGUUGCACUCACAAGAGAGGCUUUCGGCACACCACUCCUGCCCGUUGUACCGCGAAGCACAGAGACGGCCUAUGGGAAAGGCUGGAAAAUGGGCAAAGCAGUGGCCAGACAAGCAUGCCGAGCAGGACUAUGGAUGGCAGGACUACUCUGCCUACUACAAGGAUGCGCCUGCCCGGCAACCUCGAAGACCACGAGAACCGCAAGGACCCAGCUUCCCACAGUACGAUGCGAUGGUGAUCCGGGAGCCCAGGAAUGGCAAGCCAGAGAAUCCCCCCCCUGCUGGACCACCGAGUGCAGGAGCUGGCGAUUUCCUCCGUACGGUCCAGAAGUUGACCAACAACCUACGCCGUGCGGAACUUCGCCUGCGAAAGUGCUCCGAGGAGCAGCACCAGGUGAACGAGAAAUGGGAGUGCUUCCAGAAGGAGCUCAAGCAGAGCUUCAUGAAGGAAUGGUCGAGGUACCGCGAGUACAGCACCAAGCUGCAGGGCGACCAGGAGGAUGCAAAGCAGCAUCAGUCGGCAGCCAUCGAGGAGGUGUACAAGUUCCUCGCCGACCCGACCCAGUACAAAAGCACCCCGACCCCGGAUGCACCGCCGAAGGAGGCGGUAGAAGAAUGGGAGCGUCUCAUGCGAGGAGCAGCAGCAGAGGGCGACGAUGGCCUCUCUGGGCUUUUGGCUGGCGCCCUUGGUGGAGCUGGGGCGCGAGAACAGGCGACCAAGCAUAUGCUCGAAGUUUUGAAUGCCCAUCGCCACGGACAACAAAGGGAACGAGAGCGUACCCCCCCUCGCAGAACCGCAGAAGCUCUACAGAUGACGCCACCGGCACCGACAGGGCACCCUCGCUCGCACCUAGUCCUACCGCCAGAUGUCGGCUUGGAAAACCCGGAUGUGGCGAUGCGACCCAAGGACGAGCCCUACAUGUCAUCGCCGGGAAGCCGCCACCUGCUCCCCUCGCCAGGGCAACGAGCAAGGACAGCACAUCCGCGGACCCCUCUCAAGGCCCAGGGACGGCAACCCCUCCAAGCUCCUUCCACGGCCUCCUCCUCCUUGGCGGCAAAGCUGGAAGCCAGCAGGGAGGCCCUACGUUCCGAGAUCCCGGAGACAGAAGAGGAGAAGGCGGAUGGCGAGGACCAAAUUAUUGGCAGCCUUCGGGCAGCCAGCGGCCCCCCAGACCAUAUCGAGAUCGACUAG